AUGUUGUAUAAACUGAGUUUUCGCGGCUUUGCUUGUCAUCCUGCUAGUAAGCUUACUACGUUCAAACGGGUUAAUUGCCAACUUCUGUAUACUGUCUUUUCAUACUCAACUUCAGCUCCCCCUCCCAAAUCACGCAAACUAGCCACCAUGUCCAGUCCCACCCAUUGGAUGAACACCUCCGGCGAGACGGACCCCGUCUGGGUUCACUCUAUGCCCUACUCCAAAUAUCCCAAGUUCCCAUCAUUGAAUGAGAACGUUGAAACCGAAGUCUGCAUUGUCGGCUCAGGUAUUGCCGGUAUCUCCAUUGCCUAUGAGCUGGUCAAUCGUGGAAAGCGAGUGACCAUGAUCGAGGCCCGCAAUGUCCUGUCCGGCGAAAGUGGCCGUACCAGUGGCCAUUUGUCCAAUGCCUUGGACGAUGGAUACACCGAGAUCCAGAAGAAGCAUGGACACCAGGGUGCCAAAGCCGCCGCUGAGAGCCAUACCUGGGCGCUCAAGCGAGUCGGGGAGAUUUCCCGAUCACUCGGAAUCGAGUGCGAGUACCGCACGCUUCCAGGCUAUGAGAUCUCCCAGUACCCCCGUGGUGACCCAAACCAUGAUAAAGAAGUCUCCAGCCUGAAGAAGGAAGUUGACCUUGCGAAGCAGCUUGGUCUUCCUGCAUCCUAUCGCGAUGGCCUCACCGUGAAGGGCUGGGAUGGCAGCAUCGACCAGCGGGACGGUGCCAUUUUUGCAGACCAGGCGACGUUCCACCCGACCAAGUACUUUGUCGGCGUACUUGAGUGGCUGCAGAAGCAGCCAAACUUUCAAUGCUAUGCGCACACUCGCAUGAUGUCGUCCAGCGAGAGUGGCCUGGUGCAAGUGACAACCACAGACGGGUACACUAUCACGGCCAAGGAUAUGGUCGAGGCGACUUGUGUGCCUCUUCAAAAACUGAGCGUCAUCGCGGAGAUGGAGUACAUGCGCACCUACUGCAUUGCCAUUCGUGUUCCCAAGGGCUCGAUCGAAGACUGCCUUCUCUACGACGAGGCAGAAGCAUACAAGUACAUUCGGUUCACCGAAUGCGAUGAGAAUGACGACUAUCUAGUGGUCGGAGGAUGCGAUCACAAGGUUGGCCAGGAUACCACCAGUGGGCGUUUCGAGGAACUUGAGACCUGGGUCCGCGAACGCUUCACCAAGGCCGGGACAGUCGACUAUAAGUGGAGUGGACAGAUCUUCGAACCUGUGGAUUACAUGGCAUUCAUUGGAAAGAACCAGGGCCUAAAUCAUACAUACAUUGUCACAGGAGACAGCGGCAAUGGUCUCACACACGGCGUGCUUGCUGGUAGACUUAUUGCGGACGAGAUAAUGGGUAUUGACAAUCCUUGGGCCAGCCUAUACAACCCCCACCGACUGUCCAGCAUCGCCAAGUCGCUGCCCAGUAUGCUGGCGCAUGAUGUUCAAAUCAAUACCCAGUACAACCGCUGGAUGAAGUCCGACAUUAAGGACAUCGAGGACCUCGCCGUCGGCUCUGGAGGCGUAAUCAAGGAGGGUCUGACCAACCCCGUAGCCGUGUACAAAGAUGAGCAAGGCAAGGCGCAUAAGUUCAGCGCCAUCUGUCCACACAUGAAGGCGGUGUUGAACUGGAACGACACCGAGAAGAGCUGGGAUUGCCCUGUGCAUGGUAGUCGCUUCAGCUGCGAUGGCGUUUGUGUGGAGGGGCCGUCCAAGGCGAACUUGAAACCCAUGGAUUCGUUCGCUCAGAAGGAGCAGCGGGCGCAGCAAGCCAUUUAAGCAGCUGAAAUGUGAUCUAAGUUUUUUAUGGGUAGUUGGUGUGUAGCAUACGAAGCAUAAAAAGUUCUAAGACGGAAUCACUCCG